AUGGGUCUAGGGAGCGUCGUUCUUCGUAUCCUCGCUGAGGGGAUACGAGUCCUCCAAUUCCUCGCCGGCGCCGUCAUGCUCGGUAUUUUCUCCUACUUCCUCGCUGUACUCACGAACCACCACCUGCCCGUCGCAACCUGGAUUCGAGCCGUGGAAGGGUUGUCCGGUGCUGCUACUCUGUAUGCCCUCUUGGGUUCACUAUUGACCCUCUGUCUCGGCGGUGUUAUGUUCUUUGGCAUGCUCGCCAUGGUUCUCGAUAUCUGCUUCAUCGGCGGCAUGAUUGCCAUCGCUAUUCUGACUCGCGACGGAACCCAAACCUGUUCCGGAACUGUCAAUACCCCUCUCGGCACUGGGUCGACAGACUCGAAAGCCGCUGGGUAUGGCGAUAACGGAUUUGGAUUUGGAAGUGGUGAGAGUGUAACGUACAUGCCCAAUUUGGGUCUCGCUUGUCGGUUGGAGAAGACCGUAUUUGCUGUCUCGAUUAUUUCUAUCUUCCUAUUUAUCGUGUCCUUCUUCCUUACCGUUCCAAUGGUCCGCAGUCACCGACGCGAGAAACGCUUUGGCCCUUCUCCUGCCAAUGGAUACACCUCUGGCUCUACUCGUCGCCUUGGUUUCUGGCGUCGCAACAAGAAUACUGCCCCUUACCCUGACGCCACAGCCGAUACUCUCCCUGCAAACCCUACUCCAGGCGAGGUUGAGAAUGGCUAUAAACCUGAGGCAAACGGCUACAACAGCGCCCGGUUUUAA